UUGGAAAAAAGCAUUGCGAAGGGCAUAAAUCCUAAACAAAUGAAAGGAUUUGCAAUAGAGUGAACGAAUAUAUCGUUUUUUAGAGUCUUUAAACAACCGAAGAAGGACGAUUUUAAUAAGCAGUUUUUGAAUCCAAAUCGUUGGAUUCUGACGUCCAAUCCAUUUGCUGGACUCAUUAUGGGCUUUUAAAUGCUGACAAUUAGCAACUCAGGAGUUUCCCAUAGAUAUUAAGUGAGCCUUGAUAGGUCUUUCGCAAUUUUCUGUCGUUAUCCGAAUUUUUCUAAAACUUUAUUUGUUCCACUUCGAGUAGACCAUGAGACCAUGUUUGAGCCCUCCGCUUUCUUGGACGAAUUGAGAAUGAACUCAUUUAACAACUGUCUCAUUUCUUAAUUUCUGUGCGCAUUCAAUUAUAUAAAUACGUUUUGCGUAUGUAUAAGUUCCAUGACGUACACUCAGUUGGUAAAAUUCUCAAGUAUUUCUAUUUGAAGAAAGAAAAAGCAUUAGUUAGUCAUAGACAAGCAACAUAGUUUUGUUCUUUUGUCAAUAACGAUUUCCUAUUUUAUAAUUAAAAAAGUGAAGGUUUCUCUUUCUCUCUCGUAGUGAUAUAAAACAUACAAGAGUUAAUAACUGGCUUAACAUUUCAGCAACACUGCUACCAUGAUCAUCAUGUUUUUUUCCAGUCUGAUACUGUCCACUUUGCUGGCGUAUAGUGACUCAAACGACCAUGGUUUUUCAUAUUUAGAAAAUAUUUUACAUAAAAGACAAAAACGUUUGGAUUUAGGUAAAUAUAUCAAGCGUCAGAUCAUCUGAGUUUUCGUUUCGUUAAAAUAAAUUUUCUUACUUUCUAGAGACAAAAUGUAUCAAUGACUACUCUGUUCGUGCUCCCUAUCAACUUCCUCAAGGGCAAUCACCUGUGAUUUAUCCACCCAAUGUUACAAUGGUAUCACCUUAUUCGUCUUGUGCUUGGGUACCUUAUACAAGUACUACAAAUCCUCAGGAACAUUGUCCGCCUAGUUCACAAAACAUUCUCACACCAUUUAUUCCAUUAAUGUUAAAUCCAGGUUUCUUGACAACAGCAAAACUAGCUCAAACAAUGAUAGAAUACAGUGUAAAUGAUCAUGAUUCAACCAUUAUACAAACACAAUCUCUAUUAACUCUUCACUGUACACUGAAUUAUUUUGAUUGUUAUAGUGAUGCGGAAAUAAAGAUCAUUCAACAAGUACUAGAGAAUUAUAAAUGGUCAAGCUUUGGACUAGGAUUAAAUGAAAUUGGUUGUGAUAUUGAUACCGUACAAGCAUAUGUGACGGCUGAAGCUGACUCAGGAUCAGCAUCUACAUUAUGGGCUUUCGUACGAGGAAUAGAAUCGGCUAUUAGUGCUCAAGGUGUUAAAAUAAAACAACCAAGAAUUGAAAAAUUUCAUAUGACAUUAGCUACAGUUAAAUACCAGUAUCCAAGUGAUUGUAUCGUUUCUAAACUAAAACAAGACUUACUACCAUUUUUUCCAUCGCAUGAAUUUGGUUCAAAAAAAGUUUGCUGUUUUUGGAUCAAACAAGCAGAUGGUGAGAUCAAAAGAUAUUUUGCACAGGACUGUUCGCUUCUAGAAAGAUUGACUUGUCGAUAAGUAUUAAAAGCAUUUGUACUGAGACUAUUUGACCUUAUUAUUACUUGUUUUGUUUGAGAACUAUAUAUAAUCAAUGAAAUAGUUAGGUUGAUGAGCUUAAUAUAUAUCACUCGUUUUUAUUUAAUAGCAAGAUCAGAGUAGAGUUUUGACUUCUUCUGCUGAUGAAGAAACGUUUCUUUAUCAGCUCUACAAUCCUGGUUUAUACAGAAUUGUAAAUGGAAUACAUUCAGUAAAGGUUCAUUUAAAAAUUUUGCACAGUUGUGGUCAGAAGUACCAGCGAAAGAACUUAUCAUAUUGGUUGUAACAAAGUCAUAUAAUAUUAGACGCUAUGUGUUUAAGUGCAACAACAUAGUGACUUACCUUUCAAUUAAUUUAAGGCAGAAAGUUCCAAGUUGUUUCCAUUUAUUUGCUUGUCAUCAAGCAAUCAUACUUUACUUUUAUCUUUUUUCUUUCUUUACCUAAGUGAAACUUCUUGUAACCAAGAUCUUAAGAAUGUAGCCAGCCAGGAUUUUUUAGGUCUUCUUACACAUUUUGUACAUAUGAUCUUGGAAAAGUUCGUAAGGACAAAGCAGUUAUCAAUAUUUGAGAUUUGAGUCGUGACCGCCAUAUAUACAAGGUAAAUAAGAUAUCCAAUAAUACCUGUGCUUUUCAUUAGACUCGGAAAAAAAUCUUAAUUUAAGCUUUUUUUAAAUUUAAACGAGGACAUAAUUUAACAAUCUCAAUUACCUUUUACAAAUGGAUAAUGUUAACACGUCUAUAGGGUUAUAUGUAUCCACACCAGAGAUGUCACUAGUCAACAAAAUCAUGACCGGUACCGACCGGUUAUUGGUGACCGGCGAACAUGUGCAGACCUUACGUGAUCGGCCAUUUUUCAAAAAAUUUUACUGAUAAGCGACGGGUGUUUUUUGCUUUCUGUUCGAUAUAAAUACGCUUUUUUCUGUCAUAUUUUCUAGUUAUAAGCCAAGUCGACCGAACCCGAUUCAGCAAUUUGACCGGAACCGAUUCAGGCGGCCGGUUCAUAAG